AUGCUCACCGCCGUGCUGGCGUUCGCGCUCGCCAUUGUGACGCCGCCGACACACGCCCUCUUCCCCCGCAGCAGCGAUGGGCCCGUCGACAUCAGUCUCAUCGCGCCAAACCGCUCCGCUACCGGUGGGCGGGCCUGGAUCGAGGAUGCGGCGACACGGCUGCUGGCCAAAUACGCCGACUUGUUACCGCCCGGGGCACCAGCGAAGAAGAGGCAGCAAGCGGCGUUGGAUACAACACUAUCAGACUGGUACGACUGGAUGUACUCGACCAAGGUGGCCAUUGGAACCCCACCACAAGACUUCUACCUGCGCCUGGACACAGCCACGCCCUACCUUUGGGUCUAUGACGAGGACUGCUCGACGUCAAACUGUACGCUUGCAAAGGCGACCCAGAACCUGUUCAAGCACAACGAGUCAUCGACGUACAAGGACCUCCAGGAAACAGGCACGGUGACAUAUGUGUCCUCGUCGUGUUCUGGCUGGUGGGGCACCGACGUUGUUGGCAUCACAAACGGGCUGGAGGGCGACGCGAGGUCAACUCAGUCAACCGACACGUACCAGUUUGUCCGCUGCACCAGCGGCGACGUGACGAAUGACCCAACACAGGCCGUGGGCAUCAUCGGCAUGUCCCUCCGCAGAGACAAGUUCCCCGACCCUCUGUGGCUGACGCUCUCGCCCCACUGGCCCGAGCCACGCUUCGGCAUGUACUUUGGGAAGCAGGACGUGCGCGAUUACUACAACAUGAGCGGGCCUCUGCACAACGGGGGCGUGAUGACACUAGGCGGUGUCAACAAGUCGUUAUUCACUGGCGACAUCCACUACAUCCCGCUCGACACGACCAAGUACUAUGCGGAGAACUCGUUCUUCUGGCAGGUACCGGUCGACGCGACAGUCGCCGGCGGGGUAACGUUUGGCAAGGGCACGUCGAUCAUCGACACUGGCUCGGCGCUCAUCAUGGCGCCGCAGACCAUGUGCGACGCGUUCUACGCCAAUGUGCCGCGGGUGCAACGGUCCGGCACCCUGGGGUACUACUACUUCCCGUGCUCGUCGGCCUCAGGCAUCACCGACCUGACGUUCACGUUUGGCGGAGUAAAGUACACAGUGCCCAGGGAAGAGCUGUACCGCUUCGAGCCUACCAUCUCGCAUGGUGGGACCGACAUGUGUUCGGGCGAGGUGAUGCCCACACCGCCGGGGUAUGGCGGCAACAUCAUUAUCGGCGACACGUUCCUCAAGAACGUGUACUCGGUGUACCAGUACGACCCGCCCGCGGUCGGCUUUGCCCAGCUCGUCGCGAACGGUACAACACCCGUGCACCCUGCGUCUCCGUCGUCUCCGUCGUCUCCAGGGUCGAACAAGCCAUCUGACGCACGGAGAAUAGGGGCAAGCGUGGGCGUCAUGGCGGUGUGUGCCGUUGCUGCGGUGCUGGCAUAGAUGUGCUUGCAUAGGGGACACUGAGAUACACUUGUCAUAUCAUGUAGCUCGUAUCGUUUUGUAAUGCAUGC